CUGUCCCAUUGAGAUCUGAUCACGCCUCGAAAGAAACUGCAGUUUGAUCAGUUUGGGUUUAACACCUCGAUCGGCCAUUUGCACGCUAAUGUCAGGUCAAAUUUUCCUUGCCUGCAAUGUAAACUGUAGCCCAGUUUAGUACUGCAGUCCAUGGAUGUCAGUUGUGAUCGUCGCUGUCAGUUACCAUCGUCCAAGGUCUGACCUCUCACCUGUAGGAAGAUUGGCACCGUUGCAACGAGACGCGGCACCGACACUCAGUUACAUCAGUCUCCAGAGCUCUGUACUGUAGCAGCCCGGCAGUGCCGCAUCAGCGCCACUGAAGGCCCUCCGAUCGGCAUCAGACGGCCAGCAGCAACUCCAGGCCGGCAUCCCGGUCUCCAAACUAUAUUCUUAGCCAAUUGGCACGCCGGAUUAAAGACGUCUUCUUCGUCUACACUACACACCCGUACAACCUCAUCGUCACUGGCCAAAAAGCUCCGACGAGCGAAGCGAGGAUGCCGCCGUCCCUGCGGCCAGCAGUCCUGCUGGUCGCGGCCGUGUGGCUCUGUUCGGCCGCCUGCGCCGCGGACGACGGCGGCAUCACGACGCUCUUGCCGCCGGGGACCGCGUCGCCGUUCCCCUUCUGCCCGGUGCGGCCGGCCGGGGCCUCCACGGGGCCGUUCCCCUGGAUGACGCCGCCGCCGCCGCCGUCGACGGCGAUGUUCCCCCAGGAUCCGGGGUUCCUCCCGUCGGGGGCGUGCCCUGUCGGCAGCAGCGCGGUGGCAUGGCUGCCGCUGCUCGCCGCGCUCUCUGCUUUCUUGGUGCUUUUGCGGUGACUCGCCCACGGCCGCAGCAGUUGUUCAGUUCAGAUUCAUACCACGCUGCCUGAAUUUCUGAAUAUGAUUCUAGGCCUUCGUUUCAUGUAUACAUACAUGUAGCUCUGGACAAUCUAGCAGAGAGGCCUUUUUCUCUUGUUUUUCCUUUUCUUUCCCCCCUCCCCUGCAGUAGUUCUUUAGCUUCAUUCAUGUAAUCCUGUUUCAGCAGAUACAGCUGGAAUCAAAUAAAAUUCCUUCUUGUUAUGGGCUCUGAACUUUUA